AUAAAAAAAGGGGAAAAAAUCGAACCAAAAUAAUUUCGCCCCUCUUUUUUUCGCGGCCUAAAUUGAAGGCAGGCAGGCAGCGAAAAAUGGAAUUGCAGAGGGGAAGCCGGCUACUGUAUCAGCAAUUCAAGGCGCUGUUCAGAAAGAACCUGCUGCUCUCAUGGCGGAACAAGCGGGCGACCUUCCUCCAGCUCUUCUCCUCCUUCGUCUUCAUCUUCCUCCUCUUCUGCAUUCAGAAGGCCAUGAACUCCUCCACCGACUACACCACCGCUUACUCCUCCGUCCGGGACCCCGCCGCCGCCGUCUCCCCGCCUAUCCCUCCCUGCGAGGAGAAAUUCUUCGUCCGUACUCCCUGCUUCGACUUCCUCUGGAGCGGCAACGCCAGCGCUUCCGUCGGCCGGGUUGUGAGCCGCAUCAUGGCGAAUAACCCCGGCCGCCCAAUUCCAGACGCUAAGGUGAAAUCAUUCAGAACGACGGGCGAGGUAGAUGCUUGGCUUUUAGCUAAUCCGAUGCAGUCCCCCGGCGCUCUGCAUUUUAGGGAAGUGAGCAGCGGAGUGAUAAGCUAUGGUAUUCAGACCAACUCUACAUCACCAGGGAGGCGAGGCCGGAUGGAAGAUCCCACGUUAAAGUUUCAAAUCCCGCUUCAGGUUGCUGCUGAGCGUGAAAUUGCUCGGUUUCUCGUCGGAGAUCCUAACUUCGGAUGGACGGUUCAACUUAAGGAAUAUGCACAUCCGGCAGAAGUGUUUUUCUCCGCGUUGAUUGCAGUUGGUCCUUCCUUCUUUCUUGCAUUUGCCAUGUUUGGAUUUGUAUUGCAGAUUACUGCUUUGGUUACUGAGAAGGAGCUCAAGCUUCGCCAGGCAAUGAGUACAAUGGGCCUUUAUGAUUCUGCAUACUGGUUGUCAUGGAUCACAUGGGAGGGAAUAAUUGCACUGUUCUCAGCACUUUUCUUGGUUCUCUUUGGAAUGAUGUUCCAGUUUGAUUUCUUCAAGAAAAACAAAUUUGCAGUUGUUUUUCUCGUGUUCUUCCUUUUUCAGUUCAAUAUGAUUGGUUUCGCCUUCAUGUUGUCAACCUUCAUUAGCAAGGCAUCUGCAGCCACAACAGCCGGAUUCUCUUUGUUUAUCGUCGGAUUUUUCACCCAGGCAAGAUUCUCUUUAAAAGUUUCAAUAUGGCCACUAACUUUGCAGAUUGUUACUAUAUUUGGCUUCCCUUAUGAUCUUGAAACUUCCCAGACAUUAAGGAACAUCUGGUCAUUGUUUCCGCCCAAUCUUCUUGCGUUAUCCGUGAGACAGCUUGCAGAUGCCACUCGUACCCCAGAAAGAACUGGAAUUAGCUGGAGCGGGAGAACAGACUGCAUAUCACGUCAAGAUUCAUCAACUUGUGCAAUGACAAUUAAUGAUAUCUUCAUAUGGCUCCUGGCAACAUUCGUUCUCUGGUUCGUUUUGGCAAUCUACUUUGACAACAUAAUCCCAAAUGCAUAUGGAGUGAGAAAAUCUGUGUUUUACUUUUUAAAUCCUUGGUACUGGACAGGGAAAGGUGGAAACAAGGUGAAAGAGGGUGGCAUCUGUAGCUGCAUGGGCUCAAUACCACAAGAAGAACAGAUUACUCCAGAUGAUGAAGAUGUCCUGGAAGAAGAAAACUUGGUUAAGAAAGAUGCAAGAGAAGACACAAUGGAUCCAGAUAUUGCAGUUCAGAUACGUGGACUUGCAAAGACAUAUGCUGGAACCAGGAAGAUAGGUUGUUGCAAAUGUCAGAAAACUUCAUCUUACCAUGCCGUUAGGGGAUUAUGGAUGAAUAUCGCUCAGGAUCAGUUGUUUUGUUUACUUGGCCCCAAUGGAGCGGGGAAAACUACAGCAAUCAAUUGCUUGACUGGAGUAUCACCAGUGAGCAGUGGAGAUGCAUUGAUUUAUGGGUAUUCAAUUCGAAGUUCUGUUGGCAUGUCAAGCAUUCACAAAUUCAUGGGAGUUUGUCCACAGUUUGAUAUUCUUUGGGAUGCAUUAUCUGGUCAGGAGCACCUUCACCUCUUUGCUACCAUUAAGGGCCUACCCCCAGCUUCAAUUCAAACAGUUGCAGAUGAAUUGCUGGCGAAAGUGAAACUUACUGAUGCAGCUAAGGUGAGAGCCAGGAGCUACAGUGGAGGAAUGAAGCGUCGACUCAGCGUGGCAAUAGCCCUCAUUGGUGACCCAAAGCUAGUCAUUUUGGAUGAACCAACUACAGGCAUGGAUCCUAUAUCCAGAAGGCAGGUCUGGGAUGUAAUACAGGAAGCCAAAAAAGGGCGUGCAAUAAUUUUGACAACACAUUCAAUGGAAGAAGCUGAUGUCCUGGGUGAUCGAAUCUCAAUCAUGGCGAAAGGCAGGCUUAGAUGCAUUGGAACUUCCAUCCGGCUGAAAUCGAGAUUCGGGACCGGUUUUGUCACUAACGUCAGCUUUGGUGAAAAGGUUAAUGGCCAAAGUCCUGUAAACCAAACCGUAGAUAGUCCAGCUACGCAUGAAGACGUCAAGCAGUUCUUCAAACAUCAUUUGGAUGUGACACCAGCAGAGGAAGCCAAGUCGUUUAUGACUUUCGUCAUCCCUCAUGAUAAAGAGAAACUCCUGACAAACUUCUUUUCAGAGCUUGAAGACAGACAGGCAGAAUUCGGCAUAAAGGACAUUCAGCUCGGUCUCGCAACGUUAGAAGAAGUAUUCUUGAACAUUGCAAGGCAGGCCGAGGUAGAAAGCGCCACAGCAGAGGGGCGCUUCAUCACUCUGAACCUAACCUCUGGGACCUCCCUUCAGAUACCGGUCGGGAGCAGUUUCGUCGGAAUUCCAGGCACGGAAUCCACCGAAAACCCGAGGGGCGUCAUGGUUGAAGUGUACUGGGAGCAAGAUGACACAGGGACACUUUGUGUAUCAGGACAUUCACCUGAAAUGCCUAUUCCUGCUGAUGUACAGCCGUCGGUGCCCGCUGCAGUGCCAGCUCCAGGGGGGACUAACUUCUUGGGCCGGACUGGGCCUGUUUAUGGGCUUAUUCUUGAUCCAAAUCAGAUUCGUGCAGCUGAUACUCGAUGAUGCUACGCUGGUGUAGCUUCUAGUUUUGUUCAUAUCCUCCGGUCAUGUGUUCGUGUUGUAGAGUGAUGUUUAGGGCUUUUUUCAUUAAUUCAUUAUUAUCCCCCCACAGAAUAGAAAAUAGGUGUAAGGUAUACAAGUCGAUGGUCUAGGGCGGCC